GUCAGAGUUUACAGUAAGUAGUUGCAAGAAUUCAAAUUCGGAUAUGGCAGAAUCAAAUGUUUUUACUACAAGAUCUCUUGGUACCGCUUCAGAAGGUAUCAAAGAUCAAUAUGCUGAUGGAAAGGCUGCAAAAGUUUGGGAAAUAUUUAUUGGCGAUAAGAAAUCAAGGACUCAAAAUUACAAAAACUUUUUAGUGGGGCUUUUGAAGAGAAGAGGAUGCAAGAGAAUAUUGGAUGUUGCCUGCGGAACAGGUAUUGAUUCAAUAAUGUUACUUGAAGAGGGCUUUGAAGUCGUUUCCGUAGAUGCGUCGGAUAAGAUGUUGAAACAAGCUUUAAAGUCCAGGUGGAACAGAAGAAAAGAAUCGGCUUUCGACAAAUGGAUUAUCGAAGAAGCAAAUUGGGUGACUCUCUAUGAUGAUAUCGAAGAUUUGGUAGGAAAUGGCUUUGACGCGGUAAUUUGUUUGGGAAAUUCAUUUGCUCAUCUAUUAGAUAAUUACGGUGAUCAAAGAGAACAACUGAAAGCUCUCAGAAAUUUCGAGAAGUGCGUAAAACCAGGAGGUCUUCUUUUAAUUGAUCACAGAAAUUACGACGAUAUUAUCGAUACCGGAAGAACAGCAUCGAAAUGUAUAUAUUAUAAUUCUCCUCACACAACUGAUAUCAAGACCUCCGUGUUAUACGUUGCGGGAAAACCGGCCCUGGUAACAUUGGACUAUUUAAUUGACACAUCAUUGCUAGAGGAUGAAAAAAAAGACUACGUAAUAGGAGACUCUAUCAGUGAAUUCCGUCUUUCCUACUAUCCACACCGAUUGAAAGUUUUCAAAGAAAUGUUACAAAAAAGUUUUGGAAAAAACUCGGAAUAUCAGAUUUUUGGGGAUUUCAAACAACUGGAUGAAAUUGAUGUACCCAACUUUUAUAUCCAUGUCGUUCAAAAAAGCUCCAGUAUUUUUUAAGAAUCUAGACUAUACCAAAUUUAUACAAUAAUAUUUAUAAUGAUUACAUAUUUAUUUUUAUUAAA